GUUGCGAAGGUACCUUGCCAGUCCUCAUCCAGGUUCUUUUUCUUGCCUGCUCGAAAUCUUGCCCGACUCGAAGUCUGUUGUCACCUGAAGAAGUCUAAUUUCGUCAGGAAGACUGACUACAUGCACUCAUGCAGUCAGUAGUCACUUGAAGGCUAUGUCGACAACGGCGGUGAAAAUGGUCAGAAGAGUCACGAUCAAGGCUAUGUCUUUGCCAAGUCUGAACACAGCCGAUCCCUUCUUGUGCUUUGUAUCGUCGUUAGGUUCUUACCUUUUAGUGAAUUAAACGACUCCUUCAGAAUUCAAGAAUACCGUAGGCUUGCAAGUCACAUUCUGAUUGAGACAGUCGAAGGAUGCCAAUUGUUAAGAUGAAAACCAAAAGUGCUCCAAGUGAUCCCGCCGAAGAGGACUUCGGAGGUCUUCACAAGCAUUGCUUCUCUUGUUACAGCUUCAAAUUUUGCUCGGCAGAGGAGGAUUCUUGCGAGUUCCAACAAUGCUUGAUGAAAUGCGGUGCCGUUUUUCAUGGCUGUAAGGCUAUGGAACACGUGGAAUUAUGUCCCAUGAUCCGCGUUCCCUGUCUUAAUGUGGAAUUCGGCUGCGGCAUGGAAAUGGAUCGAAGGCAUUUAGGAAUUCAUCUAAAGAAAUGUCCAGCCUCAGUGGUUAUGUGCAUGGCAGAGUGGAAUCGAUGGCCAGUUUUUUCCACUGAGCGAAGACGCCAUAUCCCGUUUCAACAUCGGAAUCCUUAUGCUGUUGAGGGUCAAUUAGAUUUUGACCUGACCUUAAGAGAUCAGAGGAUGCUGGGAAAUUUGGGGAAAAUAUCGCGAAAGACGAGAUUGACCUUGAGGAAUAGCCUUACCAAGCGAUAUCCAGCUGUACCUAUCCCGAACACCAUCAGCAACCGAUUACAAGAAACAAACGAGAACGGCGUUGAGCCCAAUGGUUCAGAGGACCUCCUUGAUCUGGGAGAUGAUAUCGAGUUUCUAGGUGUGAGGAGGAAUGACAAGGCUCUAUCCAAGCAAAUGAAGCAAUGGCAGGAUGAUUUGGAUGAACGGCUGAAAGGAAAGGAGAAAAUCAAGCCAUAUUGGGAGUAUCCAGAGUUAGAGAAAGGCAACAUUCAUCCCCAUUGUGCCAACUGCUUUGUAAUUACUUGUCCCAAGACCCUCCUGGACUCUUACGAAGACGAUGUUUCAAAAUUUAAGGCUUGUGAAGUGAUCCAUUGUCGAUGGAAGUGUGGAGUGAAAUACCAUCAAUGCAAGGCCUUUGAGCAUCAAAUGCUUUGCACCACUUACGAGGAAUCCGAUGAUUUCGCCUGGAUGUACAGAGGCAUCAAAGGUGCUCGGAAGGAGUCGAAAACGGCCAGAGAAAAGAAGACUCAAUUAAAACCACUCGAAGGUCCACUUGUGGGUCCAGAUGAAUCUAAUAUCACCACCGGAGAGAUCGUUAACGGCAAGUUUGUUCCGGACCCCCCUCCUUUGCCUUCAUGUCUUCUUCAGGCAUGCCGUUUGGAUAUCAAAUUAGAGACGGUGACAAGACUCCAAAGCAAACCUAAGUCUAUGUACACGUUCGUGUGUGCCCAGGAAUUUAGGAGGGAUGAGUUCUGUUGGCAUUCCAAGAACAUCCAUAACGAUAUCCAUGGAGGAAUGAACAAUUGGAUUGAGCAUAGAUGUCCUAUGGCCAGCCAUGGAUGUUCAUUUGCUUCGCGGAGGAUGUUUCCUCAUAACCAAAACCACACCUUGGUUUAUAGUCCCGCUGCUGAAAGUUUUGGUGUCAAAAAUCUAUCGAUUCCAAAAUGUCUCCUGGAUCCUCCGAAGGCUCACGAACCAAAGCUCUCUGACUUGCCUAUUGAAUUACUGAUCAAGAUAUUUCAAGAUCUGGACCCAUUUACUCUGUGCAACUUGGCUGUGACCUCAGUGGGAAUGCGAGAAGUUUGUUGCUCCAUGUUGGAUGAAAAAGGCUGUGUUAGUCUCCAAUGGGAACGGGUGAAAAAGGCCAAAGAAAUACGGUGGCAGGUGGCUUAUAAGCGUUGGUUCUUCAGUACAGCUCUCAACCCAAUUGAGGAAUGGAAAUUUGGGGUGGACCAAGUGUCAAACCAUUUGAAAUCUUGCCCUUACAAUAUCCAAUUGAAACGCUCACGGAAAGAGACGUUCAAGUCUUCCAACUAUGACCGACUUCUGCAACAAAUGACGAGUGCUCUUAGAUUUGGAUCAAAAUCCAGGGCAGUGGAUUAAGCUCCUUAAAAUUCUUACAAUAUAUUUCAAAUGACGGCUAACUCGUUUUUGGUCCCUCAUUCACUACGAACUUUCAUAAGAAUAAAUAAUGCCAAAACUAG